AUGUCGCUCUCCCAGCUUCAGGUGUUCCAUGCUGGCCUCCCUGUGCCUCCAGAAUACAAUCCUAUUCGCAUCCUCUUGAAGCACACGCCUCGCCUGUUGGAAGUGUUCCCCCAGCUUCGCUUGUCUGAGAAUGUGUUCACGCGUGUGCUGGGUCCAGUGGGUGCUCGUGUGUACGAAUAUCCGAUGCCAGAUAUCAGCUUCGAGGACAUAGCGGAUGAAGGCACACGUCUCAUCUUCGACACCUUCGUGUUGUCAUUCAUCGUCAUUUUCCUAUACCGAUCGACACUCUCCCUAUCGCCCAUGACGCACCGUUUCUUUACGUUUAUCCUGUCAUCGAUCAUUAUGAUGUGGCCCUUCUUUAUGAUCCCCGGCAAGGCUCUCUCUGUCAGCUACAUUCGUGCUGCCAUUGCUUUCCGUUUCUCGCUUCUCACGUGGGACAUGUUUGAGAUUCGUUCGCGUGAGGAAGUGCAAAAGUGGACGUUCCCCAUCACGUACUCACACCUGACUCUCUUGCCUGUUGAAAAGGCCGACCUUGAUGAGUUCAAACGCGUCAAGGGAUAUCCACGCAACCAACGUCUCGCAAGCCUUAAGAAAGUUCCCAGUGCCGCCUUGUCCCUGGUCGUUUCCCAGCUCCUUCUGCCUUUCUUCACGCCACGACAAAUGCUUGAGCAGCAAUCGUGGCCGUCCUAUCUCAUUAAUGUGUUCAUCCAGGGAUUUGCUCUCUACUUCGCUCUCGCCUCUGGUGGUAAUCUGGCGACGAGCCUGCUCGGUGUUGUCCUUGGUGUCGAGCAGCUUCCCAUGUUCGAAAACCCAUUCUUCACGACGAAUAUUCGUACGUUCUGGUCUCGCUGGAAUCGUGCGAUCGCCUCGGUCCUGCAUCGGAUCGUCUUCGGUGGAAAGAACACCAACAUUCGUCACGCCUCGCACUCGACGACGAACGAGAAGGGCAAGCAGAAAGAUGGAUCGGUUGGUGCUGCGAAACAGCACCCCAGACCCGAUGCGCGAUUCUUCCAAAAGUCCCUGCAGGCAGUUCUGACGUUCUUCGUCUCGGGCAUGCUACACGAAUACCUGUUGUACUUCGGCUCACCAGGCUUAUACGGUUGGCAGACCCUCUUCUUCAUCCUGAAUGGUCUGAUGACCGUCGUGUCUACGUACUGUCGCAAGUUCCAUCCGGACCUGGUAGCUCGUACGCCUGUCUUCGUCCGCUGGCUGCUGAUGAUGAUUUUCUUCGAGUUUGUCUGCAUUUUGUUCUUCAUUCCGUUCCAGAGGACGAACAUGCUCGCGGAGAUGCAGAUGGUCGGGCAGGGCAUGCUCUUCCCGCGCUACGCACAGCCCCGCCGCGCCACAUAUGUCUACUUCCUGGACAACUAA